ACAUUUAAUUAUGGGUUGGCUAUUCGAAACACUCAAACAUGGUAGUCCUCUCUUGAGAAACUUACUGUGUGUGCCAGUUUGGGAGGAUCUUAUCUACUGCACACAGAAAGGGGGCGGUUAUGGAAGAAGAAAGGGGGAGGUUGGGAUACUUUUUUGGUAGGUACUACGGGGUGGAUAGCCCGUUACGCAGUGAAGAGCACAAGACAAACACACGUACCAGUUCAAGACAGUUCUGGACAGGAUGCCCCGGGAGGAUAUGAAGAAGCCUCUAAUACGUGGAGGUGCCAAUCCUCAACACCUUGGAACCUCAGUCUCUGGUCCAGGUACCCCCUUGGUUGGCAUCCUGGGCACAGGGGACUUCUCUCGAUCCCUGGCCAAAAGACUAGUGGCCUCUGGGUACCGGGUGGUGGUGGGGAGCCGCAACCCAAAGCGAUGUGUCUCCCUCUUCCCCGAGGAGGCUGAGGUGACCACCCAGCAAGAAGCUGCCACCCAGGCUGACCUGGUCUUCGUGGCUCUCUUCCCCGAGCACUACUCCACCCUGGCUGGGUUGAAGGAACCGCUGGCUGGGAAGACCCUAGUGGAUGUAAGUAACGGUACCAAGAUCAACAAGGAUAAGGAGUCCUACGCGGAGCAGCUUGCCAACCUCUUCCCAGAGAGUAGUGUGGUGAAGGGCUUCAACGUGAUCUCGGCAUGGAGCCUGCAGACUGGACCCAGGGACGGCAGCAGACAGGUGCUGAUUUGCGGCGACAGCAGUAGGGCCAAAAACGCCGUGAUCGACAUCUGCCACAGUCUAGGCUUCACCCCUGUCGACACGGGCCGCCUCUCCUCUGCCCGGGAGAUCGAGAAUGCGCCCCUCUACCUCUUCCCUUCGUGGCGCCCCCCGUUCCUCUCCACCCUCGUCGUCUUCCUCUUCUUCUAUGCCUACAACUUCCUCCGGGACGUGCUGCAUCCAUAUGUGACGGAGGGGAAGAGCGCGUUCUACAAAAUGCCAGUGGAGGUGGUCAACGUGUCCCUGCCCUCGGCGGCCCUGGUGACCCUGGCUCUCGUCUACCUGCCGGGCCUCAUCGCCGCCUUCCUGCAGCUGUCCUGGGGCACCAAAUACAGGCGCUUCCCCGGCUGGCUGGAUUGCUGGCUGCGGCUGCGGAAGCAGCUGGGCCUCUGCGCCUUCUUCUGUGCCGCCAUGCACGCCGUCUAUAGCUUGUGUCUGCCCAUGCGCAGAUCAGCCCGCUACAAGCUACUCAACGAGGCCUUUAAACAGGUGAAGGCAGGCCAGGAGGACGUGUGGGUGGAGGAGGAGGUCUGGAGGAUGGAGCUCUAUCUUUCUUUGGGCAUCCUGGCUCUGGGGGUGCUCUCUCUUCUGGCCAUCUCCUCACUGCCCACCGUGGCCAACUCGCUCAACUGGAGGGAGUUUAGCUUCGUACAGUCCAGACUGGGUUAUACUGCCCUGGUGAUUGCCACCCUCCACACCCUAACCUAUGGAUGGACCCGAGGCCUGGACCCCAAGCAGUACCGCUUCUACCUCCCGCCCACCUUCCUGUUGGUGCUGGCCGUGCCACUGGCCGUGCUGCUGGGCAGGCUGGCCCUGUCCCUGCCCUGCGCGGCCCUCCGGCUCCACCGCAUCCGCAGGGGCUGGGAGAGGAGCAGGGCCAUCCGCUUCUCGCUGCCGGGGGAUGAGUGCAACGGGGGCCUGCAGGAAGACAUCAGUCGUGUUUGAGACGUCCUGUGGAUGUCCCGGAACGUCUGCCUCGGUAAUUGGGUAGUAAUAUGACUAUCUGUAGCUUUAUGUAUCACAAGAAAUGUAGAGAUUCCAGUGGCCUUAGUUUUUACUAGUCGAAAUGCAACUUAGUUUGACGAAAUGUCACCUCUAGCACUAUACCUUGGUAUUUUCUUUUAAUCAAAAUGAAAUGGCCGUAGUUCCAAGGAUCCACCGUAUGUGUUGAGACAUUACGGAGAUCACUGCUGUAGUGCUGUUUAUUUUUGUAAUUUUUAUUGUCCGCUGCUCCUUAGUGGAACUUAACUGGAAACCAGGCAAUGUCAUUGUCUUCCUGUUUUCUUAGCCAGUCAGGUAGUAGACAUCCGGUGCUGUUUUUGUAAUUUGUAUUUUUUUUUUGGUAGAUGCUACUGGUAUCAGCCUGUCACAUGGUUCCACUUUAACGUAAGCGCGGGUGUCUGUGGCAGAACUUGUAGUCCUGUUACACGCCUCUGCUCCUGCUACAUUGCUUAGGGCUGUACUUUGCUGCGCUGUCUGUUUCAGCUGCCCUGACACUUAAGGUCAGUUGGAGCCAAAACGUUGCACCUCGCAGCAAAGUCAUUUGUGGUUUGGAGGGUGUCGCGUCUGCUUCUACGCGAUCAUUUCUUACCGCACAGGGAUGUCGAGAAAAUAGACCUUUGUGUUUGGCUUCACAAGAUGAUUGAAGUGGCUUUGUUGUGAGCGUCAUUGAAUGCACUAUGAUGUUAAUACUUUACCUGGUCAGAGUUUUUUUUUCUCCAAAAGGUCAUGUGUGUGUGUGCUAAAUAUUGUGGGAAGAAAAAUACAAUCAAAGGUUGUAGGAAUGCACUAUCAAGUCACAAGGUGUUGCUGUCACCAAACUCAAUUAAAAAUUGUCUCUGAUAAUGUUUUGUUUUUUCAAAGUUGAUGAUACACUAAGUGGUCAGUUUAUUAGGUACCCCCAUUUAAUACCAGGUUGGAUCCCUUUUCCUCCAGAACAGCCUGAAUUCUUCAAGACAUGGAUUUUCCAGUUUCUCCAGACUGGACCCAUUCCAAAUACUCUGUUAGUAUGAUUUCUGGGGAGUACAUAUCCUACUCAAACAACCAGGUUCAUUGCAAGUUGUGCAUUUUGAGAUUUUUCUAAAUGGGGUGUUAUAUCUAAUGAACUGGUAAUUGAGUGUAUGUUAAAUUUAAAGAUGUACACAUUUUGUAAAGUGUAAUUUUUUUAAUGAUGAAACUAAAUUGCCAUCAUUGUGACUUAGUUACUUGGGAAUUUUUUUAAGAGUUAUGUUAUAAACUGACUUUUACUUGAGUUUUA